AUGCUCUGGCUAGUGCCCCUCUUUUUACUUGCGCUACGCGCGGUGCAGGCGUGGUCGCCCACGGACUCGUACGCUCCUGGCAACGUCUCCUGCGCGGACGACAUCUCGCUCGUGCGAGAGGCGUCCGGGCUCUCGCCCAACGAGACCGCCUGGCUCGAGAAGCGUGACGCGUACACAAAACAGGCGCUGCGCGAGUUCCUCGACGGCGCGACCGCCAACUUCUCCAACUCGUCGCUCGUCGACAGCCUGUGGAGCGCGGACAAGAUUCCGCGCGUUGCGAUGGCGUUCUCGGGCGGCGGGUACCGCGCCAUGCUCAGCGGCGCGGGCAUGAUUUCCGCGUUCGACAACAGAACCAACGGGUCCACGGAACACGGGCUAGGCGGGCUGCUCCAGGGCGCCACGUACUUGGCCGGGCUCUCGGGCGGCAACUGGCUUGUUGGGUCUCUGGCAUGGAACAACUGGACGUCUGUGCAGCACGUGAUCGACACGCGCGGCAAGGACGACGAGCUGUGGGACAUCAGCAACUCCAUCGUCAACCCGGGCGGGAUCAACAUCCUGAGCAGCGCCUCGCGCUGGGACCAGAUUUCCGAUGCCGUGGAGGCCAAGCAGGACGCGGGCUUCAACACCUCGCUGGCUGACGUUUGGGGCCGCGCCCUCGCGUACAACUUCUUCCCCACGCUCUCCAAGGGCGGGGACGGCUACACGUGGUCCACGCUGCGCGACGCAGACGUCUUCAAGAACGGUGAGAUGCCCUUCCCCAUCAGUGUGGCUGACGGGCGGUAUCCGGGCACGCAGAUCGUCGACCUGAACUCCACGCUAUUCGAGUUCAAUCCGUUCGAGAUGGGCUCCUGGGACCCUUCGCUGAACGCGUUCACGGACGUCAAGUACCUGGGUACCAACGCCAGGAACGGCACCCCUGUGACCAAGGGCCAGUGUGUCGCGGGCUUUGACAACACCGGCUUUGUCAUUGGCACUUCCUCGACCCUGUUCAACCAGUUCCUGCUGCAGCUGAACACCACCAGUGUGAGCUCCUUCUUGAAGGGCAUUAUCGGCGAUUUCCUGAAAGACCUUUCCGAGGACUACGAUGACAUUGCUAUCUACAACCCCAACCCUUUCAGGGAAACCGAGUUUGUCGAAAGCAACUACACCAAGGGCAUUGUCAACUCAGAAAACUUGUUCUUGGUUGACGGUGGUGAGGAUGGUGAAAACAUCCCCUUCGUUCCUCUCAUCCAGAAGGAGAGAGACGUGGACGUUAUUUUCGCGCUCGACAACAGUGCCGACACAGACGAGUACUGGCCCGCUGGCUUGUCGCUGAUUUCUACCUACGAGCGUCAAUUCGGCGCACAGGGCAAGGACAUUGCGUUCCCCUACGUCCCCGACUUUGACACCUUCAUCAACGAGGGUCUCAACCAGAAGCCUGUUUUCUUUGGGUGUGACGCCUCUAACACCACUGGUCUCUCCUACACCCCACCCCUCAUUGUCUACAUGCCAAACAACAGGCAGUCCUACAAUUCAAACACGAGUACCUUCAAGAUGUCCUACAGUUCCAGCCAACGUAUGAAGAUGUUCCAGAACGGCUUUGAGGCUGUCACUAGGAACAACCUUACUGACGACUCUUCUUUCAGGGGCUGUGUUGCUUGCGCAGUCCUAAGGCGGAAGCAGGAGUCUCAAAACAUGACGCUCCCCCAGGAGUGCGCAAAGUGUUUCCAGGACUACUGCUGGAAUGGGAAAAUCUCCAACAAGACCGCUAAAGUUAGCACUAUAGAGAACUACAGUGGAUCGAUUUCCUUCAUUACCGACUCGGCAUCUGCCGAUGCAGCUUCUUCUACAGCGGCAGCCUCAUCCUCAGGGACCUCUACUAGUAAGAAAAACGCUGCUGCUUCCUUGCCCUCUUCUAACUCUCUUAAAUGGUACGUUGCCUUCGCAAGCUUGCUGGGCAUGGCCAUUGGUCUCAUGUAA